UCUCGCACGGCGUCGGCACGCGAAAAUUAUAACGUUACGAAAGACAUCGCACGGUCGCCGUCGUCAGUCCGCCGCGUCCAGCCACGCGCCCAGCACGUCUUCCGCCGGAGCUCGCACGCCGGUCGUUGUUUUGCGCGGGCGAUUCGUCCGAUUUUCGGUCCGUCACAUUUACGCCGCGAUUAGUUUUUCUCUCCUGUUUUCCCUUCCGCCGAGUACGGUUUUUUUUUCCCGCUUAAGUUUCGUCCAUUUUGACUCGUAAUAUUAUUAUUAUUAUUAUUAUUAUUAUUAUUAUUAUACACAAUAUGCAGCUCUGAAAACCGAUCAUAUUUUUAUUAUUAUUGUUGCUGUUAGUCCGUCACUCGUAUAUCACAAUAAACAUAAUCGUAUUAUAUUCGUCGUUCGAUCACACAGUGCCCGAUCGACAAAUCGCGAGUGAUACACUUCGUCGUCACCGACAGAGACGCGUCCGUCCGAGGAGUCUUAGUUAAGUGUGUGGAACUUGCUACGAAAUACCAUAUCAUCGCAUUAUCCACCGCCAGACUGCAGCUAACCGGCCGAUUGACUGCAUUUACAGCACCGACCGACCGACCGACCGACCGACCACUGACCGACCGACGUGUCCCACCCGACCACCCAUCGCCGCAUUAACGGGACCGGGUUCGGGUCGUGGUGCGAACAGUGGCCGGGAAAAACCGUCAGCCAGCCGGACAGCCGCACCAGCAGCCGUGCCCGUCCGCAGCCGCAGCCGCCGCCGUGGUGAACCGACUGCCGCCGCCGUCCCCCGCACCGCCCCCGCACCUCGUCUGGCCCGUCAGCGGUCUGUUCGCCCCGAACGCCGUGCAACCGCCGCCUGCCAUGCACCACCAGGUGGCCCACCCGCACUGGAUCGCUGCGGCCGUGCAGCCCUGGGGCCUGCCCCAACAGCUGGCCCCGUCGCAGAACAUGCUGGCACUGGCCGCGAUGGCGCCUAACGCUAUGGCCCCGGCCAAUCCGGGCGCCGCGCCCAUCGCGUUCAUCGGGUUGCACCCGCACCACCCGCACCACCCGCACCCACACCAUCCGCACCACCCCCACCACCCCCACCACCACCCACAUCAUCUAAACGCGAUGCCGGCGCAACCGCUGCAACCGUCGCCGCCGCCUCAGCACCCGAACCACAUGGCGGGCCAUCACUCGGCCACCACGGCCGCCGCCGCCGCUCUGGCCCUUCUCAAUCAGCUGCACCACCACCAUCACCAGCAACAACAGCAACAGCAACACGAUCUCGCUCACUUGUUGCUCCAACAGCAACAGCACCAGCAGCACCAGCAGCUCCAGCACCAGCAACAGCUCACGCCACUGCCACAGCUACAGGUAAGCGUCUUCGAGCCUAAUAUACUAUAAUAUAGGACCUUCACUGGCUCAACGCUGUUA